GUUAUCGGCCAGUAGUAGACUCCGAGAUCUUUUUUUCACCGGAUAUAUGUAACUACGGCAACGGGAGAAAUAAAAAAAUAAAAAGUGCGAAAAAAGUUCGAGAAGCCUACCUUUCCCGAGUUUCGAGUCGCGACGAUAAUUCGAAUAUUCGAUUGGAUUGUCCUCGCACACAAUCAUGAAGAGACUCGAACAAACGAGCAGAUCUCUGUUCUUGAUUCUGCUGAUUACGGCGGUUCUCGCGUACGGCCAAGACGAGCCGUCUAACACCAGCAACACCAAGACGGUGGCUUUUCACGAUCCGAGCGUCGACGCCACGGUGAAAUCGGCACUGGAGAACGGAUCCGUGUCCGAGGUCGUGGUCAGGAAGGAUCUGCUGCUGUUCCCGGUCAACGCGCCCGAUUUGGUGAUAGCUCACAGGCAGGAGAUACACGCGGUGCCGCACAACGGCUCGUACAACGCGGACACGGGAAAACCCACCGCGGCCGAGGUCGCCGAGGUCAACGAGUACAGCCUGUCGCAAUUGGUGCCGACCAACGAUACCGACAACGAGACCGAGACCCACAGCUAUCCGAUCGUGGCUGCCCCCGUGUCGAGCGGCAACCAAAACAACUCCGUGCUCGAACCCGGUAAACUCCUGGAGAUCGUGUCGGGUUUCAAUCUGUCGCACGGCAUGGCCACGGAGAAGGUCGAGCUGCCCAGCGGAGUGCAGAACUUCAGCUUCCCCAAGCAGACGAUCGUCGAUCUGCUCUCCAAGUCGCUGGCGCAGUCGGACUCGGUGAUCGCGUCGUCGAGCAGUAGUACGCCGCAGACGCUGCUCACAUCCUACAGAAACGCCAAGAGGUCCGUAGACUCGGACGAGAGCAAAAGUAGUAGUAGCGACGAGUCUAAUGAUUCGAGCGAGGAGAAGGCGGAGGAUGGCAAUUCGACGACCAUCGGGAGUAUCGUCAAGAGAUCGGCGUACUACGACAUAAGCGAGGAAGAUGGUUCGGGCUCCGAUGAGGAUAGCCGGAGCAGCAGCAGCAGUGUCAGUACGGAGUUGACCAAACGUUCGGCGGAGGAUGGAGAUAUGGUGGACGAUGCAGUUUACGGUAGUGUGACGGAAAAAUCGACCACCACUACUAGUGGUGUCGAUACUACUUCGGCGGAAGUGAAGAAGAGAUCGGUAGAGGAUGAGGAUGAGGAUGACGACGACGACAGCGACGAGAUUAAAUCGACCACUGUCACGACUACCACUACCGGGGGAUACAUGAAGACGCUGGUCAGGAGGGCUGCCAUGCUGUCCGACGACAUCGAGCAGAAUUACACGACGGAGCGCUACAAUCCUUCGGUCGAAAGAGUUUCAGAAUUGAGGAUCGACAGCAACAGCAGCGGCAGCCAAGGUCUCGUUGGAGCGAUCAAGCUAAGAUCCACGAGUAGCUUGACCAGCGACGAGGAGGACAUGGACGUGGCCGAGGACAUCGUCUUUCGACCUCUGUUCAGAUACCGGCAGGAGAUGCGAGUCAGGCAGCGGGAGGACUCGUUGCGCGCGGCUCGCUCGCGACAGGAGGUGCAGGCGGCCACGACGAGACGUAAUUACCACUCUUACGGUAACGAUAAAAAUUAUAACAACGACGGCGACGGCGACGACAGCGAUUAUUCCGAUGGAAGCGAUAGUUCCGAUUACGAAUGAAGACGAUUUUUGUUUUUUCCUCGUUGAGAUUUCAGUUUGCAUAAUGAUAUGUAUUUUAUUUGUAAAGUGUUAAUGAAUGAUUUGUUUAUCUAUUGUAAAUAAUAUUGAAUUUAAGCUAGACAAAUGUUGAAAUAAAUGAAAGAGAGUUUAUCUUUAGAUCUCAUUGCUGUAUAUCGAAUUAGCAAAAUGAUAAAAAAAAUAAACACUUGGACUGCUUUUUGAAUGACAGUCAGUGAAUUAUAAUAUUAUAUAAUAUAUUUUAAUGAAACAUAUGAAAAAAAAUAUCAUUCAAUGCAUUUAAA